GGUCGGGGCGGGUGGUUGCUGCCUGCUCCUUGCCUCCGCCCUCGGGGAGGGGGAGGCCGGUGCCGGGGCGAGCAGCGGGUGAUGGGGAAGAGGCGAGCGCAGCGCUGAGGUCCUGCGGGGCCGGAUGAGCGGAGGCUUGGCGUCGCGGCGGUGGCGGGGCUGGAGGAGGGGGCGAAGGAGGCAGUAGGGGCGGCCUCCACUCCGGCUGCCCUGACGGGAAGGAGCCCCCGACCAUGGAAAUCGAGAACAUCGUGGCCAACACGGUGCUGCUGAAAGCCCGGGAGGGCAAACGGAGUGGGCGUAGUAAAAAAUGGAAAGAGAUGCUGAAGUUGCCACCUGUUAGUCAUUGUGAAGGUAUUAGAUGCUCAAUCGAAAGAGACUAUAACCAGCUUUGUGACAAACAGCCAAUAGGAAGACUUCUCUUCAGACAGUUCUGUGAUUCCAGACCAGAUUUGAAAAGAUGCAUUGAAUUUCUGGAUGCAGUGGCAGAAUAUGAGGUAUCUUCAGAUGAAAAGCGUAUAGACUGUGGCCUGAAAGUUUUAGAGACGUACUUCACUAAUGGGUCUGCAGCACACUUGCCAGAAAUACCUCAGGAAACAGUAAAUGAAUGUAAAGCAAGACUGGAAAAGAACCCUUCUAAGGAUCUUUUUAUGGACUGUACUAGAAUUGUCCAUGAAUACUUAAGCAGAAGACCUUUUGAAGCUUACCAAGAAAGUGUGUAUUUUUCCCGUUUUUUACAGUGGAAAUGGCUGGAAAAGCAACCAGUAACCAAACACACAUUCAGGCAUUACCGAGUACUAGGCAAAGGUGGAUUUGGAGAGGUGUGUGCCUGUCAAGUACGGGCAACAGGAAAAAUGUAUGCUUGUAAAAAGCUAGAAAAAAAGAGAAUAAAGAAGAGGAAAGGGGAAUCAAUGGCUUUAAAUGAAAAAAGAAUUCUGGAGAAAGUGAAUAGUAGGUUUGUAGUUAGUUUAUCCUAUACAUAUGAGACGAAAGAUGCCCUGUGUUUAGUAUUAACCAUAAUGAAUGGAGGGGAUUUGAAGUUUCACAUAUAUAAUAUGGGAAAUCCUGGCUUUGAUGAAGAAAGGGCUAUUUUCUAUGCUGCAGAACUGUGCUGCGGUCUGGAGGAUUUGCAGAAGGAGAGAAUUGUUUACAGAGAUUUGAAGCCUGAGAAUAUACUCCUGGAUGACUGUGGGCAUAUCAGAAUUUCAGAUCUUGGAUUAGCUGUGCAGAUUCCAGAAGGAGAAACGGUCCGAGGACGGGUUGGGACUGUUGGUUACAUGGCUCCAGAAGUGCUCAAAAAUGAAAAGUAUACAUUCAGCCCGGAUUGGUGGGGUCUUGGGUGCUUGAUUUAUGAAAUGAUUGAAGGACAGUCUCCAUUCAGGAAGCAUAAGGAAAGGGUAAAACGGGAUGAGAUUGACCGGAGAGUAAAGGAAGACCAGGAAACAUAUUCAGACAAGUUCUCGGAGGAGGCGAAAUCCAUCUGCAGGAUGUUACUUGCUAAAAAUCCAGAGGAACGACUGGGUUGCACUGAAGAUGGAGCUGCUAUUGUAAAGCAACAUCCUAUUUUCAAGAAUAUUAACUUCAAGAGGCUGGAAGCUAACAUGUUAGAACCUCCAUUCUUGCCAGAUCCUCGUGCCGUAUAUUGUAAAGAUGUCCUGGACAUAGAGCAGUUCUCAACAGUAAAAGGAGUGAACCUGGAUACUACAGAUGAUGACUUCUAUUCCAAAUUUGUUACGGGUUGUGUCUCAAUCCCCUGGCAAAAUGAGAUGAUUGAAACGGGAUGCUUUGAAGAUAUCAAUGCAUAUGAAACCGAUGGUACUGUGUCACCAGACAGAGAGAGGUCUCCUAAACCAAAGAGAGGCUUCUUUCACAGACUUUUUAGUGGAGAGGUCUGCUUUAAGUCUGAUUGCAGUGAUGAUGAGCAGGAGUCCUCCAGACUUUAAAUCAUUUUACUUUCAUCAGAAAUGAUGAGCAAACUUUAAAUGUUUUAUAUCUCUGUAGCAAAGUGUAUUAUAUCUAUUUUUUAUCUGAGUUCAAGGAUUUUUGUACAUUUGUACUUCAUUUGUUUUAAGAUGUAUAUUUUCACUAAAGCUUAAUUGUACAAAAAGCAAUGAGUGCCAUUUGAGUGAGUGUGUUUCUGUAUGUAUUUGAUUUCUCUUGAUUUUUUUUUCCCCCCCUCAGUGGAAUAAAUCUAGAAAUUCAAAAAGGAUUUUAAAGCACAGAGAUAAUAUCUAUGGCAUCAAUGUAACUUGACUUUGUAUACUCCUGAUAAAAGUCUUGUUCAUUAGGAUCUUUAUUAGCAGUUUUCUCAAUGGUAAAAUUGCUGUACUGAUAAGUUUCAUAAUUCCGGUAUUAUCUGGCAGCAUGGCAGUGCCAUUACCUAAUGUAUCUCUCGAGCAACUGCUAGGGAAAAAGGAAUUCAGUGCACUGUGGCCAGCUAUUAUGAAUUACUCUUUACUGUCUGGCUCUGUAGAAUGUCUUUCUGUAUUUCUAUAUAUAGAGAAUUCUGAACAUUUAGCUUAAUCUGUAUCACUCCAUUCUUCUCCUUUUUACCCAUCUUACACAUCCUCUACAGUUUCUUGGCAUGGAGCAUGCAAGUAAGCCUAUGUCAAAAUUUUAUAACUAUAUUUUGAGUACUUUAUUGUCUUUACUAAAAGAAUUUCUUUUUACCUGUGGGGACACCUUUUUAUUUUUUUCUGUAAAUGAAAUUGUUUACAACUCCAUGUAGGAAGUUACAGUUUUAUAAUGGGUUAAAAAACAAAGCAUGGCCUCUUCUUACUAACCUCCUCUCUGCUUAUUAUGUUGUAAUAUGCAAUGUUGCAGGGUUGACAUCGAUCACUGCCACUGAGGGAGGGACAAGGUAGUAUUAAGUAUCAAAUUUAAUUAUGUAAAUAAUCUUUCCUUAUAAACUUUAAAAACGUAAACGUUAAAACCUGUCUUUAAUGAUUGCUUGACACAGAUGUGGAGCUGGUAUUGAAGUUUUAGUUACAAUUACCUGAUGUUCAUUAGUAAAACUUGUUUCCAGCUGCUUGAAAGCUUGUCCAACUUCUGUUAUUCUGUACUCAGAGUAUGCCAGACUUUAUUUUUAAAGUUUCCAGUAAAACUAUUAGUCUGUGUAUGAGAAUUAAUUUAGGGAACACAUUUCAUUAAAAGCGUCUUCCGUUUUCAAAAUUUGAGUUAAGGACAUGAAAGAUAAAGGGAAUGCUCUUGGAGACAAACUUUUGUUAUGUAUUUUGUUCUGUAUUCUAACGAUUUGUGUCCACUGAGCAUGCAUUUCUUUUCCCUUCAAAUCUCUAGGGCACCCACCAGACCACACAUGUAUUAUACACACAGCAACUGAAUAUCCCUCUACCUCAAAUAGGUUUCUGCUUGUGAUCUGCAGACUCAGUGGAAGAAACUUAAGCUGCUUCUGAGAAACUCACAAGAUAACAUUUGAUACUCAAGCCUAUCAUCAGGUUUUAAUUCACAGUAUUUUGUUUCUAGUCACAAACGUUUUAAUGGGUUAGAAUUUGAAAAAAGUUGGAAAACCAGUGUGUUACAGAAUCCUACUGGGACUGAGCCUGGUGUCUCCCUGUGCCACAGAAAUGAGGAAUGAGACUCUUUUCCUGCAUUUUCCAUGUGUUUUUCCUGAUGUCUAAAAGAGCUCAGAGGACAGCAAAAAGUACAAAGGGAGAAACUGGCAGAGGGAGAGUUUGAAUGAAUUACUGGAAGAUAGUCUGAUGCAAUAAUGAAGGGAUGGGAAGCUUGACAGAAAGAAAUAUCUAAAGUAAGGGUGUUGGCUGGAACCAUAUGUUGUGUGAGACAAUGAGCUGGCAUGGGCUGACCCGACCCUCUUUAUUAUGUGCCACAUUAAUAGAAGGACUCAAAAGAUGGGAGUGGAGAAAUAAGGAAGUAACAAAGUGUUUUAUAAACAGCUACCUGGUUGGAGAAACGAUCAUGUUUCUCUGAUUAAGGGGUCUUAAUUUUUUAAGAUCUUAGAUUUGCUGUUCUGAGGCAAAGGUGACCAUAUUAACACUGGACAUAUGGGGUGACAGUCUGGAAUUAAUGCCUGCUUAAAGCAACUUGAAAUUUGGGCAAGAAUACCAUGGACACAAGCUGAGUAUUUUUAAUGAAGAAAAUACAGGAACUGGCUUUAACAAAUUAAAAAAAUAAAUAAUCUGAAAGUCUAUUUAUCAUGUAUUUCAAAUUUUCUUUCCAUAUUGGAGGGGGAGGGAUCUUAACUUAAAAAAUAAGUAAGUAAAAUCAACUCUUCUAUUUUGAAUGCCGAGACUUAACACUUUGCAGGGAUCUGUGAAGAAAAAAAGGCUAGAUGAAGAGAAAAGGGAAGCUGUUCUAAGAAGUGGUUAUUUAUACGUCCACUUCUUUGGACAAGGAACUCCAACCAUGUGAGAAAAUGGAGGAUUUGUUCAUUUUUAUGAAGCUUUAUUUAGUUUCAUUUCAGAAGUUUUUUGUUAUGUCCUGAAUAAUACUAUUGAAUUGUUUUUUAGUAACUACAUGUUUGCAGGAUUAGAACCUAAAUUCUGUUGGUUUGGGGGGCUCUUUUUUGUUUUUUUUUCUCAGUAGUCUCCAGAUGGCAUUUUUCUACUAUAAAUUUGUCCCUUUUGGCUAGAAAUGUAACCAGAUAAUAAUAACUAGGUAUUAUCUAAUGUGAUUCACCUAAUGAAUUAGAAAAGGCAAGAAACUGGAAGGAUCAGCAUAACACUCCUUAUACGGUACAUGGAGAUUAAAAUGUUAUGCUGUUUUAUCCAAGGUGGAGUAGUAGUAGUGUGGAGAUCAUUUCUGAAAGCAGGGAAAAAGGUAAGGAGAGGGGAGAGCACCUGAAAGGAAAAUACUGUGACGUGAUACCAACUUUGCUCUUGAUUUUCAUAGGACACAACUGAGACAAAGAAGGGGGGAGGCAGCAGGUUGAGUAUACUGAUUAUGUUGCCUUUUAUUUCCAUGAAGCUGGGUUGGUUUUUGUUUGUUUGUUUAAAAAAAAAAAAAGCUAACAUAAAUUCUUGUCAUUCUGUAUGACUGCAUUAUACCUCCAUGAAUUCAGAUUCUAGAUCCAUGCGUUAGCAGGCUUUGAUAGCAGUGAGACAAUCCAACAGCCUUUGUUCUGCUUUGUUCUACUGGUGCAAGACAUGGAAAGAUCUAUGGAAUUCUGUGGAGUUACUUGCAUGAGAUCAACUCUCCUUUUUUCUGUGGCUUGUGUUUCCAAGCAUUUGUGUGUGUAAGUCUUAACGUCUGCUUGUGCAUACCUCAUGAAUCUAUAUAUUUAGCUCAAAAUUCAGAAACUCUGAAACAAUGUGCCAGUGUGUUAUUGGUUUACUUAAUGCUUUUGAAUGUUGUGACCAACAGAAUAGAAUCUUCAUGCCUCAGGGUUGUUCUCUUUCUAUAAAAAAAUUGUCAGCUUGUUUGUUUUUUUUUUCUGGAGGUGUAGUGUUCAAUAACAGAGAUGGUGUUACGUUUCUGGAUUAUAACAACAACAAAACAGUCUCAGUUGAAAAAAUGAGCACUUAAAAAUAAUGACUGUAUAAUAAUAAAUAGGAAAAAUGUGGUAUUUCUGUACAGAGAGCGCACUAUUGACAAAUCUUAUCCUUUAGUAGAAGAUGUUGUAUGUCUUUUUUUCCCCAAAUCAUUCUUAAAACAAUAACGUGAAGGUGUUUGAUUAUGAAAGAGAAUUAUCUCCAUCUCAGAAUAAAAUGGUGUCUAAUUUGAGAAAUCAGUGAUAGAAGCUAUUAAAAACAAGUAAAAUCCAUUUUCAGAAUUCAAUUAUUUUUCAAACAAUACUGAUGUAAGAAAAUCUUCAUUGCCAUUUGUACAAACGAAGAAUACUUGUUUACAAGUUACUAAAGUUAGUCAAUAGAAGUAAUAUUAUUUUGCUUUGGUUUACAAUUUAGUAUUACACUAAUUUAACACUGGAAUUAUCACCUUCAUUUUAGUAUACAUUUUCAGAAAAUACUUCUCUUUAGGAAGUACUCAAAAAAACUGAAUUAAAAUUAGAAAAUUAAUGGAAAGCAUCUUUAACCUAAAUUUAUGGUUACUUUGAUUUGCAUUACCUGCCUGGCUCAUUCUGAUGAUGAUGAUGUCUCUUCUGCUGAAUGUAUAAUUCUUUUUUUUCAUAAUUGUUCUUAUGGUGUAACUUAAGUUUUGCACAGCAGAUGUAGGUAACUUUUUCUCAUGUUCCACGUGUCCAAACCACCAAGUAUCCAAGUAUAGCGUAGCUGACUGUUAAAUUUAGUUCCAGUAUCUCCAAACCACUGAACUGUUCUUGUAUGAGCUGUUUUCUUGGAUGUUCUAGCAUUGUUAUUCCUGAAAUAAAAGCAAAACACUGCUGCAUAUCUCAACCACAUGUAUUACUGUCUAAUGUGAUUUAUUUACCAUGUCUAUCAUGGUUGGUAGCUGGGAUAGAUAAAAUAAAAAUUGUAAUUUAAAAAAAAAAAAUCACAAUUCAUUGAAGCAGAAAAUGUGUAUUACAUGCUGUAAAUUCUUUACCAAUGUAAGAUUGUCAGAUCCAGGGAAAAAUGCUAGUUCUGUUGUAUUUGCUCAAUUGAUACCUUAUCUCAUGGUCUGAAUCUUCAUUUCUGCAUAAAUUUCUGUGUGAAAAGACAGAAUUAUUGGGAUGGGCUAUUUUUCAUUAACCCAUUUACUGUGAUAACACUAUGAAUGUCAGUGCAAGAUUGGUCAGUAGUAGCUGUAGCUCUACUUGUCAUCAGCCUUAUUGUCCAUAUUGAGUUUUGUACUAUCGCUGAAGGAAACCAACCAGACUUCGCUCUCCUUAAGAGAUUUUGUACCUUGAUAUUAGUUGGAUUUGUAGGGGGGUUUUGUAUCAAAUACUUUGCAACAGCAGGCUGCUUGUAUCUUCAAUGUUUUGUCCUGUUUAUGCAAAGGCUUUCACUGUAAUUUUAUGGCAUGAGUUGAAGGGCUAAGCACUCAAUUACUAUACAAAACAGCUUCAAAUUACGUGACUUUAACAAUAAUAUAACUGUGCUAUGGCAUAUUGCAGAUUAUCUGUGCAUAUGUUGAACUGCAUGGGCCAGCAGUCUCGUGAAGUCUAUUGGAUGGAGAGGUAGCAAUUACCUGCUGAAUUGUUGGUGGAAAUGCAGAAACACUGGCCUGAGCAUGACUUCAGGGCAGGAACUCCAACUUGUCUGACCUGUUCUUAAAGACACUGAAUCAAGAGGUAAGCUAUGCCUAGGUAGCCUGUGCUUGGGAAACCCUUCCACGUUUAUGAUCUUCAUGUCUGUCUUAUAGACAAGGUAAAAGCAUAUUUAUUCUGGUUUUUUUUUCUCCUGGAGGUUGAGAUGAAUUCGUCAUCACCCACUAAAUUACAUAUAACCUUUUAGGUAUUUACUGUUACUCCAUUGAGACUGUGACAUUAUUUUUCUUUGUGGUAACGAUGGCUGUACAAAAAUGCCUGUUCUCUAACCCCGCCUGCUUGUUCUUGCCCCUUGCCAGUUUUACAUCACUUUGUUUUUGCCAGCGGGGCAGCUGUUUGACCAUGUGACAUGAUACAGGCAAAACCGCGGAUCAGUAAAUUUGAAUUGGGAGAAUCUACUGAUAAGGUACUUGCCAAAAACCCCACCUGAUACCCCUGAGAGCUCUACCAGUUACCCCAACUCAUGAUUAAUGAGCGAGAGGCAAAGAGAGGAGAACAAAGAGGAGCGUGCUUGUGGGCAGGCAUUGCCUUGCCGGUGAGUCAGCAGCCCUUAGGGGCCUGGCACACAUUUUGAUGUAAAGCUUCAAAACAGUUUUGCGAAGACUUGACUCGGUUGGUGGCUUGUUUAAUCUUUGUUAAGAGCUUACGCUCUUUUUAAUGUGCUUAAAUUUAUUUCAAAGUGUGGAGUGGCGCAUGCAAUUAUCACAUAGUGUAUGUGGCAUUCCAGCUA